AUGGAUGCCGAUCCUCCACAGGCAUCUAACGAAGACAAGAGUACAUCACACAUCGGCAGCGAGGAGAGUGGAAAAAGUGGUGUCCUCGCCGGGUCGUUUUGCAUUGAGGCCCAGACGAACAGCACUGCACCAGCACCGGAAAAGGCCGGCAAGGCGGGCCAAAGUCAAGUCCGCCAGGGUUAUCGAAAGCGCGGCGAUGGCGCUCGUGAACUCAGACUAAGAAGAAGCCCGGAGUAA